AUGAGCUCGCAGGGUGACAGCCAGCCGUCGCAGGACAGCACCAUGACGCUCAUGCAGGACAACCUCCACGAGGUGCUGUACUUUGCCUACGGCUCCAAUCUAUCGACGGAGCAGAUGCGCGAGCGAUGCCCGUACUCUACACCCGUCGGACUGGCCUACCUCGAAGGGUGGAGAUGGAUCAUCAACGCCCGCGGAUACGCCAACAUUGUACAACUCCCUCUAGACGACAACGAGGAUGAAACCGACAAGGGAAAAGGAAAGGCGGUCGACGACGAAGAGCACGGCGUGUACGGACUCCUGUACCUCCUGCCCCCGCAGGACGAGGAGCGGCUGGACCAGCACGAGGGCGUCCCCUGGGCGUACCAAAAGUUCCAGGUCAACGUCAAGUGGGCGCACUCCAAGGACAGCGACGAGACACUGCGGGCGCUCGUCUACGUCGACGGGCAGCGUGUCGAGGAGGAUGUGCCGAGAGAUGAGUACGUGGGGAGGAUGGAGAGGGGGAUUGAGGAUGCGGUUGAUAACUGGGGGUUGGAUGAGGAGUGGGCGGAUAGGAUUAUGAGGCGGUUCUGGCGCGCGUCACGCCACUUCGGCUCAACCACCAAAAUCACAUCUCAUGAUCCCCGCCGCUCCAUCAUAACAACUACCCCAUGCCUCUCGCGCAGCUUCCUCGCCUGGUUUGCCCGUGGCGGUACAUCAAACGGCCUCGUAAUUCAUAGGAGAGACCUCCCACCCGAGGCGCAAUGGUCUAGUGUUCUCCCUCCCGCUAUGGGCUCACCAGACUCGUACGGCCGCCAGCUCGACGGCAUGGGUUCCGGGUUGUCGUCGACGAGCAAGAUUGUCAUUCUCGGACCGCCCUCUCGCCCGGAUGUGCACGUGGACUUUACUUUUGUGCAGGUUGGUAUCAAGGAUGGCAUCCUGGACAUGGCUGGCAACUGCGGCAAUAUGUCAUCCCUAGUUGGGCCCGCGGCGUGGGAUGCUGGGUUGGUGCCGACAGAGGCGGUUGAGCAGGAGAAGGAUGGCUCGCAGUGGGUGACGGUACGGUUUCUGAAUACCAAUACCAACAAGGUCAUGACUUCGCGGUUCCAAGUUGCCGGUGAGCCGUUGCGGUACACUCAUGAGGGCGACUAUGUCAUGGAUGGAGUGCCGGGCACGGGCUCCAAGGUCAUCAUGAGCUUUCUGGACCCUGCAGGCGCAAAAACUGGCAAGGCCCUUCCGACUGGGAAUCCUGUUGAUGUUCUGGAACUACCCGAUGGGAGCAAGGUUGAAGCGUCUCUGGUCGACGUCGGCAACCCAGGUGUCUUUAUCAGCACUGAGAGCCUGGGGUUAGCGAACCACAUGGCCUUGACACCGGCGAUUGUCGAGGCAGAUGCAGAUCUCAAGGUACGGUUAGAGCAGAUACGCAGAGCUGGAACUUCCCUCAUGGGUCUCAACCCAAACGUCGAAAGCGUCCCCAAGAUCGUUCUCCUGUUUCCCACCAGCGGCUCACCCGAGGUCGACAUCAGAUGUCUCGCCUUGUCGAUGGGUCAAGCACACAAAGCUGUGCCAUUAACGCUGGCGCUCUGCCUCGGAGCCGCGUCUCAGAUCAAGGGGACUAUUGCCUCUGAUCUGAUUGGGGGCAAGUCUAAGGAGACGGUGACGAUUGGGCAUCCUACUGGAAAGGUCGACAUUGGCACUGUUAUCCGUGACGGCAAGAUUGAGUCGGCGCAGUUGUUAAGGACAGCGAGGUUUAUCAUGAAGGGAAAUGUCAACCGGCUGGAUCAAUUGCCUCUUCCCAUCUUUCAAUUCUCCUCUCGAGCAAUGGCUGACAUACCCGUCUCGGCUACGGGCCCGGCCCAUCCAUACUUCCCCCUCGGCGCCGUGAUCCCAGGUUACAUCCCCAACGACAAGGACAUAACGGAGCUCAUGCUCAAGUUUGGCGCCGUAACCGGAGCCGUAGUCGGGUCCGCACUGUGGCUGACGACACGGAGCAAACACCCGCUGCGCGCCAUUGACCGAUUCGCAGCCGCCUGGUUUGCCCUGUGUGACGUUGAAACCAUCACGGCGCUCGCCUGGGGUCCCCUCUCCCUCUUGACCGUCUUCGGCAUCAUCCACGGCUCCCGUAGCCGUCACGUAGCGCAGGUGAUUGUGUGCACUGCGCACGCGUACGGGGUGGCACUAUACUACCUGACCAAUUUCAACGAGUCGCGCAUGCACGGCGUGGCAUACAGCCGCCCCGAGACGCUGUACUUUUGGAUAUACUACGUGGGAUUCAACUUUCCCUGGGCGGUUGUGCCCCUCGUGUUGCUGCGUGAUAGUUGGCGACAGAUCGGCAGUGCCUUUGCUGCUCUUGAGGAGAAGAGGAAGGGAGAGUGA